AUGAGGAACCCGCAGAAAGAACCUGCAGGAAGAACCCGCAGGAAGAACCCGCAGGAGGAACCCGCAGGAGGAACCCGCAGGAGGAACCCGCAGAAAGAACCCGCAGGAAGAACCCGCAGGAAGAACCCGCAGGAGGAACCCGCAGGAGGAACCCGCAGGAGGAACCCGCAGAAAGAACCCGCAGGAAGAACCCGCAGGAAGAACCCGCAGGAGGAACCCGCAGGAGGAACCCGCAGGAGGAACCCGCAGGAAGAACCCGCAGGAAGAACCCGCAGAAAGAACCCGCAGGAAGAACCCGCAGGAGGAACCCGCAGGAGGAACCCGCAGGAGGAACCCGCAGGAAGAACCCGCAGGAGGAACCCGCAGAAAGAACCCGCAGGAAGAACCCGCAGGAAGAACCCGCAGGAGGAACCCGCAGGAGGAACCCGCAGGAAGAACCCGCAGGAAGAACCCGCAGGAGGAACCCGCAGGAGGAACCCGCAGGAAGAACCCGCAGGAGGAACCCGCAGGAGGAACCCGCAGGAGGAACCCGCAGGAGGAACCCGCAUGAGGAACCCAGUGAGACCGGUGCACAGCCUCAGGAGGAAAGGUCAUCCUCCAAACAGAGAGAUUUGA